AUGGUAGAUAGGUUGAUCGAUGACAAUAUCAAUUCUUUUUCAUCUAACACUUAUUGUAGAGUUCAUAAUGACAGAAGAACUUCUUUUUGGAAUAGUUGUUGGUUGGUAAACCAAUAUUUGAAUGAAGCAUAUCUGGAUAUCUUUGAGCUAGCAGAAAAUCCUUUCGGCAUGAUGGCUGAAAAUGAAGCAUUCUUUCUUUGGUCUAGUAACAUCAAGUUAGCUUUGAGAAACUUGUGGGAUAUUAAAGCGUCAACUAGAAUUCUUAUUUUUGGUUGGAGAUUGAAUAUUAACAGGCUGCCUACUCGGGACCAUUUAGCUAAGAGAGGUGUGGUGGUUUCGAUCAUCUCUUCUCUCUCUAAUCCACAUAACACACAUCUUUUCUGUGUCCUAAACCAAUCAAACAGGAAUAUUUGA